AUAAAACGACGUGUUUGAGCCACUGAGCGCCACGUAGAGGAUAACAGACUUCAUUUCUCACAGUAAACACCAUCAGCAACGCUUGCGUUUGUGUUAUCUCCUCAAUCACGCGGUGAUCCAGAGCUUCAGAUCUGUUAUAGUUGCACUUUUGUCUAUACUCGAAAGCCCUCGUGUUUUCUACGAUAAUCUGUCGACAUGAAUAGUUCAGGUGUUUGCGUUUUGCUAUCGCUCCUGUUUCUGUCCGUAUCAGCAGAUCAGUGUGACAAUGACAACACAGCUGACAACUGCAAUAAAUGGACCGAAACAUCUCACAAUCAGCCUCGAAAUACAGGGAUUGCGGUGACGUACGAGCAGCUGAAACACAUGAUGUCCACUGGAAGAGUUCAGCUCAUCGAUGUUCGUGAACCGGACGAGCUGACGGCUGGAUUUAUUCCUGGAGCCACAAACAUUCCUCUGGGAGAAUUGGAGGAGGCCCUGACACUGGACCCAGAUCAGUUCAGACAGCGUUACGGCGUCUCAAAGCCUCAUCCAGACGACUCAGACAUUGUGCUUUACUGUCAGAGAGGCGUCCGCAGCCUCAACGCACUGGAGAUUGCAAUAAGACUGGAAUACUCAAGGGCCCGUCAUUACGUUGGAGGAUACAGCGAGUGGGCUGAACGUGAGCGUCUGUAAGCAGAAAGGCUCAAAGUUUGACUAAAUGACGAUUAUUUCUGCUCAGUGCAGAACCAUAAGCAGACCAUGACUGAAAUUCAUGAAGCUCCUGACUGUUUAAAAGACAACACAGACCAACAAUGUAUUAUUCAGAAUACCUCAUUUUUGUUUUUAUAUUUUUAAGUGAAAAAAUAAAUCAAUAAAAUUGCUCUGUUUAUAAUA